GAAUCGAACCUAUCCUUCGUUAUAUAACCUACUGAUCUCCUACGUGUAGGUAGGUAUACAGGCACAUCGAGGUCGCAUGUACGCAAUACUCAUAGUAGGGAGGUGCCUAAGGCAUUCGAUAGGGUAGGUACCUAAGGCCUGCACAUUCAGGCGUCUUCCAUGGACGGCGUGUGUGUACUAUACGUGUAAGUGCCUAAGGUACCUUAGGUGCUAGUAUGCAUGCGCCUAUACGCAUAUACCGUACGCCAUAUGCAUAUACAUAGGUAGGAAUGUACUUACCUCCUACCUGCAGGUACCUAGGUACCUGUAGGCACGGAGAAGCAAGAAAUAUGAGGAGAGGAUGGCUUCCAAUCCAUCUCCCAUCUCUCUCACCUUGGCUUCUUCCUCCCUCUCCCUCUCCCUCUCCCCAUCCCCAUUUCUCCCCUCCCUUCUCGACCUGCCCGGCCCCAACGUGCUUUAUCACAGGGAGGGCCGCGGGCUCGGCGGGGCUUGGCGACGGCCACCCCGGCGCAGGCUCGUGCAGGCUCGUGGAGACUCCCACGCCUGGCAUCCAUGGGUCAUGGUCGCAUCGUGGAGGCCAGCCUACCCAGCACCAACCCAGCACCAACCCAGCAGCACCAGCAGCACUCUUUCGACCGUCUUCCCCGCAAACCCGUUUCUGAGGAUCUACGGCUCCAGCUGGCCUGGCUGGCCUGCUCGCCGCCUCUCUGCUCCGACGACCCAACCGACCAACCAGACCGCAUCGCUGCCCACACCCACGCCCUCGCGCGCGCGCGCAUCAUGUAGGCUCUACCAAUAUCGGUGCGCAUGGUAUGUCGCGUAUCUGUGUAUAGGCAAGUCUGCGAAUGUGUACGGGCCUGCUGGCGCGUGUGUACGAGUCGAGGCGCUCGCCGGGCAGAAAUUGGACAGGACUGCGAACCCGUCGUCCAAUCCCGUCGCGACGGCGGUCGUCAUAGUUGUUGCGGAGGAGUCGAACCACCGUAGGUACUUUCCCACUCUCUUCCCAUCCACUCUACACCCCAUGAUCCCGAAGAAAUGCGGCGCUUGCGAGUCGGAUUGCCCACGUCCCUUGAUGCUGCGUUACCACCUAGGAGACGUCUGCAGCCCGGAGUCCUAUUAUCUGCGUUCCCAGUCCUGAGAAUCUUGCUCGCCAACAUUGCCCAGCUGCAAGCGUCCGCAUCCUUCGCCAACCCGCGCCGCUCGCCGGCGACGCUGGUUGCGGGCGCCGGGUAACGAACCAGCAAUAGGCCACUCGGCAGGGACGCGCGACGCUGGACCCCAUUCGGUUCCCGUGCCUCUCUUGGGAAAUGACUAACGAAGAGGCGGUCGAAGAAAAAAAAGAGUAACCCCCGACAGCUGCUAG